ACCAAGGAUUCAUUAUACUGUAUAUAAUGUUGAGUUAUUUUCCCUUUUCCAUUGUGUCUUUAAUGGACUCUACAAUGAUGAAAUGAAAAUAACCUGUCUGAUGUGUUACUGACUGAUGAUCAAUACAAAGCAAUCAAAUGAUCAUUAUGAUCAUACACUGUCAUUAUAGUUUAGGACGCUUAGGGGUUGUUACUGCCUACAGGAGGAAGUUCCAUUUAUCUGCACUAUAAGCUGCUGUUGGCUUCAGAGGUUAAUUAACACAGACAGUUGGAGAAUGAAUGAGUUAUUUAUGGUGCUGUUGAAUUCAGCCAGAGUCUUCUCAAUAAAGAAGAUAAUUAUUCUGUCAAGAACUGAUUCUGUUUCAGACCUUAUAGAUCUUUUAUAGAUCAUCUAUAGGACUUUUAUUCACAUGGAUGUAUAGUUAAGAGACCUUUCAUUUUAUACCACUAUUAAGUGGAUAUACUGGAAAGAUAUUCCCAGAAGAAUACAAUAAAAUUACAUCCUCUAUGCAUGUGUAAUGAUUCUAAAGGUCUUUAGAGACGUCAAUGAACUCUGACUAUUUUUAGUCAAAAAGGAAAAGUACAUUCAGAUACGUAUUAUAGCAGCACAUGAUGAAUGUACGUAUUAUUACAUAAAAUAUUGCAGUUACUCAAUUCAGUUGGUUUAAGAUCAGAAAUAUAACUCCAAAAUAAAUUUCCCCCAAAUAGGCAUUGAGUAUAAAACAUAUGCUUUAGUAGAGUUAUGUUUGCUAGCACCUGGGAAGUGGGGAAUUUAUGAUCUCAGCUACUUAAAAUAAUUACAUAAAGGCCAAGUUUUCAUUAAUCAACCUUGCAAUCUUUUUUCGGCCACAUUUUGUAUCAGUGUUUUUAUUGAUUCAUUUCAGCACCUGUACUUAUACAUUUCAGUAUGUUCUAUUGAGGUGCACAAUAAUGAACAUACAGUGCAACUUAUGUAAACACAUCUCAAAAUGAUUAAUCUCCUUUUGUGUUACACAGAAGAAAGUCAUAUGGGUUUAAUACAAAACAAGGCUGAGCUAAUGAUGACAGAAUUUUCAUUUUUGUGUGAAAUAUCCCCUUUAAGUUGCAUAAAAUUUUUUUUUUUUUUAGCAUUUACUCAAAAUACGUGAAUGUGAGCUUGAGCAGCAUGUACCUGCCAAGCUUUGGUACUCAUCAUUUCUGUUUGUCUGACAGUAAAGGUGCAUUAAUGUUAUAACAACGGAAGAAAACACCUAUAAUUAAGGCUCUGUUCUUUUUAAAAAAAACCUCUCUGCACAUUCUGUUGUGUUUCUGAAUGCUAGAAUGCAGGUAUAAGGGGAGUAAAAAGCUUUUAUAAGCCAACAUUUUCUGAAAUGUAGGUUGCUUUCAGACAGGGAGAUAAAAACACUUCACAUCAAAGGAUGUCAGGGAUUUAGAUCCAGAAUUUAGAUCUAAAUUUGAAAACAUAUAGGAAAAAAAGAAAGAAAAAAAAGAGAGCAAUUGAUUUGAUAACUUGGUCCCAAUGUGCCUGCAGCACAUUUUAGGCAGCCUAAUUGAAAUGUAUUAUGGUUAAAUGCUGAUUUACUUAUGGUAUAAAUGAACAAGUAUACAAAAAAAAAAAAAAAAAAAAAAAAGCUCCAGAUACAGCACUAUAUGGCCAAAAGUAUGUGGACAUCACAGGUUUAGCUAUUUCAGCUACAGAUGCAUAAAAUCAAGCAGAUAGCCAUGCAAUAUCCUUUGUACAAACAUUUUAAGUAAAAUGGGGCAAAUCAAAGAGCUCACUGACAUUCAAUGUGGAACUGUCAUAGGCUGCCAGCUGUAAAAAGUUCAAGUGACUCUAGUGUGAAAGAACUUGACAGCCUACACAAAGCCCAGACCUGAACCCCAUUUGACACCUUUGGGAUGAAUUGGAACGCCGGCUGCAAGCCAUGCCACAUCACCCAACAUCAUUGCCUUACCUCACUGAUGCUCUGGUGUCUGAAUGGGAGCAAAUCCCCACAGCCAUGUUCCAACAUCUAUUUAAAAGCCUUCCCAGAACAGUACAUUUUGUCAUAGCAGCAAAGGAAUGACCAACAUCUUAUUUAAGGAAUAGUUUGCUCCAAAAUAAACUGGCAUCUUUAACUUACCCUCAUGUCAUUCCAAACCCAUAUAAUAGAAGUGAUCAAGGACUGAUGCUGUCAAGUUCCAAAAAGUCACACAAAAAACACCCUAAAAAUCAAACUGAUUGCACUCUGAACUCGGUAACAGUAAGUUGAAAGUUUUUCAGCUGAAUUGGUCUGUGCUAACCGAAAUUCAAAUCACUGCCACCAGUGGCCGAAGCCACUUGAAAAGAUCAGACUCCAAACAAUUAUUUGUUCACAAAUUGGACAUUGCUUUCAUGAACACAUCAAAGAGAGACGGAGUGGAUGUCAAGAAUAAACUGAAUACAUUUCUGUCUGUUCCUCACCAAAGCUAUUACAGUAUAUGGCUUGAGAAAACUUGGAAUAUAACGUACAAGUCGUAUGGACCACUUUUAUUGUUUUUCUUAUACUCAUGAUAUACUCCUUUGAUGCCCAUGGUUUUGAUGACGUUUGCCUCUGUAGUAUAUACAUCCAAAGAAGCAGCCAGUUUAGUGAUGAUCAUUGUGUUUAACUCCAGUAGGGGGAGACAGCAGAGUUUUGACUGAGGUAUGGAGGGCUCCACUUGGCUGGUUGCAGAAGAGCCCCCUGGUGACCACGCCUAUGAGGUGACUGUGGCCCAGAACACCACGGCUCCUCACAACUACCUGUUUGCAGACGUCGCCCUCCUGCAGACCUUCAAACCCCUCAUUAUCCCAUGUUAUGUUCUUGUUGUGCUGGUGGGCGUCUUUGGCAACUAUCUUCUGAUCUACGUCAUCUGCCGCACAAGGAAGAUGCACAAUGUCACCAACUUCUUCAUUGGCAACCUGGCCUUCUCAGACAUGUUGAUGUGUGUGACCUGUGUGCCAUUCACUCUGGCCUAUGCCUUCAGCCCUCACGGGUGGACUUUUGGACGCUUUAUGUGCUACCUGGUGUUCAUGAUCCAACCCGUCACAGUAUACGUGUCAGUUUUCACCCUCACGGCUAUUGCUGUUGACAGGUACUACGCCACAGUUCACCCUUUGAAGAAGCGGAUCUCAAUGGCGGCUUGUGCCUAUGUGCUGUCUGGAAUCUGGCUGCUUUCAUGCAUUCUUGUAGCUCCCGCCGUGGCCCACACAUAUCAUGUAGAGUUCAGAGAGGAGGGUUUGACCAUAUGCGAGGAGUUUUGGUUGGGGCAGGAGACCCAGCGACUGGUCUACGCCUACAGUACGCUCUUACUCACCUACAUCCUGCCUUUAUCCGCGGUCUGCAUCUCUUACCUUUGCAUCUCCGUCAAACUACGUAACUGCAUUGCCCCAGGGCACCGCACGCGAGACCAAGCCGAGGCCCAGCGUGCACGUAAACGCAAGAUCUUCAGGCUGGUUGCUCUAAUUGUGGCAGUGUUUGGAAUCUGCUGGCUGCCCAUCCACGUUUUUAACGUGCUACGUGACAUCGAUAUCCAGCUUAUCAACAAGAACCACUUUCUGUUGAUUCAGUUGUUGUGUCAUCUGUGCGCAAUGAGUUCAUCUUGCUGCAACCCGUUCCUGUAUGCGUGGUUACAUGAUCGUUUCCGCACGGAGUUGCGCAAGAUGUUCACGUGCCAUCGGCGCAUCGGGAUACCGGCCAACCACUGUGUGACAGCGAGCGUGGUACUGUGACCAU